AUGAAGCUCAGCAGGGUCAGGAGCCCCCGGGACGAGAGAGCACACAGGAGAGAGGAGCCCGCGGUCCUGGACAUGGAGGACUUGGACCGAGGACCCGUGAGGAUCAGCAGGAGUCUGGAUCCGGACGCUGUGUCUCUGGCCUCGGUCACCGCGGUAACCACCAACGUCUCCAACAAGAGGUCAAAGCCGGAUAUAAAGAUGGAACCGAGCUCAGGACGACCGGUGGACUACCAGAUCUCGAUCACGGUCCUCGAGGCGCGGCAGCUGAUUGGUCUAAACAUGGACCCAGUGGUUUGUGUCGAGGUCGGAGACGAGAAGAAGUACACGUCCAUGAAGGAGUCCACCAACUGCCCCUACUACAACGAGGCCAGUCCACCCCCCGGACCGGACCAGACCGGACCAGACUGGACCAGACUAGACCAGACACAGACCCUCUGGACUGGACUGGACCAGUCUCAGACCCUCUGGACUGGACCAGACUCAGACCCUCUGGACUGGACCUGA